CUCAGUCUGUUAGAUUAGAAGCGAUGGCUACUGACGUAGGAUCACAACCACUCAUCUUAGACGAAUUUGUCAAUGGAGAAGAUCCUGAACCUGAUCUGAGGAACAUAUUUUUGAAGAUAAGACCACAAUGGACCAAAGAAAACAAAAUAGAGCUAAAUCCCUGUCCUGGAUCCGGCUUCAUCAACAUCACCCUUCUGGCAACCUACGAUGGCAAAACGGCAGAUGCUGUGGUGGUCCGGAUCUUUCUUCAGGUCUACGAGUUCAUAAUGAACAGGGAACGCGAGUUAGCAGCCACGUUGCUGUUUAAUGAAAGAGGGUUAACACCAAAUAUUUACUGCAUCUUCAAAAAUGGAGUCUGUAUGGAGUAUAUUAUUGGAGAGCGCUUUGAUUGGAGUAUGUUGGCAGAGAAACCACUAAAUGAUGAAAAAAUUCUCAGAUCAGUGGCGAGGGAACUGGCAAAAUACCACAGUAAAAAAACAAGUGACAUUGCUAAAGAGAAAUAUGGCCACCUCUUUCCAAUGGUUCCAGAGCUAAAGAAAAAAGCGGAGGAGUUGUUGAGUAAUUGGCCGGAAACGCUAGGCGAAGAGGAGGCUGAUGAAUUAUUUAAGACGAAAUACCCAAGCAAAGCAUGGAUAGAAUCUGAGUGGAAAGAGAUGUUAGCUAUGAUGGAAGGGACUGGUGUGUCACUUACUUUAUGUCAUCAUGAUGCCCAUCCGUCCAAUAUGCUUUACGUGCCCGAAGACGAUAGGAUCAUUUUUGUCGACUACGAGAUAUCAGCAUUUUCUUGGCCGACUCAUGAUUUGGCUAGUUUCCUGCAAUUUUCUGCGAUAGGAUUGGUCUUCGACGGUAACUUCCCAGAGCGGCAUCCCCCAACACUGAGAAAGAUGUUUCUGAGGGAGUACCUAGAAACGCAGAGGAUUCUGGGAGAUCUAGAUAAUGACGUCACGGACCACGAUGUGGAGAGACUCUUCGUCCUAGUCGAAAAAGCAGUAUUACCAGCCUUCUUGUUUUAUAUUGGAUGUGGCCUUGCGUGUGCCGGCGGCCCUGAGAGAAACGGUGUCCCUAAAAAGGACUUGGUGCGGCUAGUUUGCAAUGAAUUCGGAUGGUACUUGAGGAACAAGGAUAGAAUCCUGGCCUUAGAAGUCCCAAAAUAAAUUUGGUGAAACAUCGUGUAGACAUUUGAAUAAGUGGCCGCCGCGGUAAAUCAGAAAAGGCGUAGAUUUUUAUUCAUAAAUGGUAAAGCAGAAUAGCAUUUUAUUGGCCCAACUUAGCUUCGACAUGAUAUUUAUGUAUAAGAUGAAAAUCAAAGCCUUUUCUAAUUUCCCGCGACGGCCACUCAUGACAAUGUAUACAGUAUCACCACAAUACUGACACACGCCGAUGGAUGGUAGACCCGGCCAGUUUUAUGUAGUAUUUUCCCUUUUUACACUUUACCACAACACUGCAUGACACACGUUGUUGGAUAGUGGGCCAGCUUCCUUUAGUAUCUUCCAUUUUAACAUUACCACAACACUGCAUGACACACGUUGGUGGAUAGUGGGGCGGCUUCCUUUAUUAUCUUCAAUUUUAACAUUACCACAGUACUGCAUGACACACGUUGAUGGAUAGUGGGCCAGCUUCCUUUAUUAUCUUCAAUUUUAACAUUACCACAGUACUGCAUGACACACGUUGGUGGAUAGUGGGCCAGCUUCCUUUAUUAUCUUCAAUUUUAACAUUACCACAGUACUGCAUGACACACGUUGGUGGAUAGUGGGCCAGCUUCCUUUAUUAUCUUCAAUUUUAACAUUACCACAACACUGCAUGAUACACGUUGGUGGAUAGUGGGCCAGCUUCCUUUAUUAUCUUCAAUUUUAACAUUACCACAACACUGCAUGCCACACGUUGUUGGAUAGUGGGCCAGAUUCCUUUAGUAUCUUCCAUGUUAACAUUACCACAACACUGCAUGCCACACGUUGUUGGAUAGUGGGCCAGAUUCCUUUAGUAUCUUCCAGUUUAACAUUACCACAACACUGCAUGACACUCGUUGAUCGAUAGUGGGCCAGCUUCCUUUUAUGUUCCCUUUUAUCAUAACCACAACCACAAAGACACUACAUGACAUACGCAGAUGCAUAGUGGGCCUGCAUUCCUUUAGUGCCUUCCAUUUCGCCACACAGACGAGUCAUAGUCAUGGUCAAGUGAUAGUCAUUUUGCACAAAGUUUAAGUAUCUUAAACAUGUUAAAGAUGAAAAGCUGCCGAGUCGACCUGCUGAAAUGAAACGGCUCUGUGGCAUGGUGAAAUCCUAUUUCAUGCUAACACUUGGUAUCCUCAUAAUUCGUUGUAUUUCUUCGGAGGAUUUAAUAUAUACCGUUUAAAACA